UUGAGUGAAUUAGUAGUGAUCAUAAGGAAGUCCAUCCAUCAUCAUGUUCAUGGGUGGUGUAGCUCCUGCUUCUUUUGCAUCUAUUCAUCAGUUCCUUCUUCUGCUCCUCCUGUUUUUGGGUUUUCUAUACCUUCAGAUAACCAUUCAUGUUGGAGGUCUGAGUGAGAAGAUCACUGUGAGCUGCAAAGAGGGAGAGAGGCAAGCACUGCUCGAGUUCAAAGCUGGUCUAACCGACGCUUCAGGGCGGCUCUCUUCUUGGGUCGGUGAUGAUUGCUGCAGAUGGAGAGGUGUGGGCUGCAACAAUAUGACCGGUCAUGUCAUCAAACUCCACCUACGGAAUCAAAUCAAAGAGUCAUUUCUUGGGUUUGAUGUGUUUAACAAUGCGAUAGAAGGAAUUGAUCCGGAAGCUACCAAUAAGACUUCUUUGGGUGGAACGAUAAGUCCUUCAUUGCUGAAAUUGAAACACUUGAAUUACUUGGACCUCAGCUUCAACAAUUUUCAAGGAACCAAUAUUCCAAAAUUCAUAGGUUCACUUGAAAACUUGAGGUAUCUCAAUCUCUCUUCUGCAUCAUUCAGUGGAACAAUUCCUCCCCACCUUGGAAAUUUAUCAAGAUUGCAAUAUCUUGACCUCCAUACAGAAUAUUAUUAUUUUGAUGAACUAACAUUCAACAAUCUUCAGUGGGUCUCUGGUCUAUCUUCUUUGAGGUACUUAAACAUGGGAGGUGUGAGCUUUGAAGGUAAGUCUUCAGCUGAUGACUGGAUACAAGCUGCUACUAUGCUUCCUUCUCUCUCAAAACUACACCUCUCCGACUGUUCACUUUCCAAGAUCCCUCUCUCUCUUCCAUUUUAUGCAAAUUUUACUACUUCUCUUUCAGUCCUUGAACUUGCCGACAACUACUUCAACUCCUCAAUUCCUCCCUGGCUUUUUAAUAUUACUAGUCUCACUGUUCUUGAUCUCAGCGGGAAUUAUUUCAAGGGCCCAAUUCCAGAUACCUUUUCCAACACUAGUUCUCUUCAAAACCUCGACAUAUCAUAUACGUUGAUUGGAGGCAGGUUACCAAGAACUUUGGGUAAUCUUUGCAAUUUGAAGAGGUUACAUCUAUCAGGAUGCAGUAAUAUUACUGGCGAAAUAACAGAAUUAGUGAACAGUUUGUCUCUAUGCAAUUCUAAUAGCUUGGAGAGGCUAUCUUUAAUGGGGACUGCAGUUUCAGGUCUGAUUCCAUCAUCCAUCGGAAAGUUGUUGUCAUUGAUAGAUUUGUACCUCUCUCAAACUCAACUUUCAGGUUCAAUUCCAGCAUCUAUCGGAAACUUGUCAUCUUUGAGAACAUUAGACUUCUCUGAAACUCAAAUCAGAGGUCCCAUUCCGAUAUCCAUUGGAGGAUUGUCAUCCUUGAGAACAUUAGACCUCUCUGGAAAUCAAAUCAUGGGUUCAAUUCCUGCAUCUAUCGGAAACUUGUCAUCUUUGAUAAGAUUAGACCUGUCUGAAACUCAAAUCAGAGGUCCCAUUCCGAUAUCCAUUGGAGGAUUGUCAUCUUUGAUAAUAUUAUACCUGUUUGAAACUCAAAUCACAGGUUCAAUUCCUGCAUCUAUCGGAAACUUGUCAUCUUUGAUGACAUUAGAGAUCUCUGGAAAUCAAAACACAAUUAGUUCCAUUCCAGAAUCGAUGGGGGAACUUUCAGAGUUGGUUGAAUUGUCAAUAACUGGGAGUUCUUUGAGUGGCGUUAUUUCAGAAGGUCACUUUAAGAAUGUUACAAGUUUAAAAGUUUUACAACUCGGAUCAGAAGAUCCAAAUAAUAAACUCUUGCGUUUUGAAGUGAGCAGGGACUGGAUUCCAACUUUUAGUCUGGAGGAAAUCAGAUUGUAUAGCCUCCAAAUGGGCCCCAAUUUUCCUUCAUGGCCUGCAACUCAAAAGGAUCUUUUCUUUUUAACUCUCAGCAAUGUAGGGAUUUCAGACACCAUACCAGAUGGCUUUUUGAAUUUAUGUGCUUGGCAGCGGAUAGAUCAUUUGGAUCUCUCUAAAAAUCAAAUCAGAGGUAGGGUACCAAAUUCUUUCGAAUUUUUUACUGCAACAUAUGUAGAUUUGAGUUUCAAUCACAUAGAGGGUUCUUUCCCCCUUUGGUCUAAUGUCUCUUAUUUAAAUCUUGGGACAAAUUCAUUCACGGGACAAAUUCCUAAGAACUUGGCUGUAGUUUUAGGGUCUACAGUAACCAGUUUAGAUUUUUCUGGGAAUCUUUUAACUGGGAGCAUUCCUUCAUCUAUAUGUGAGCUAACGAUUUUGAGGGCUCUCAUCAUUUCACAUAAUAGUUUACGGGGAGAACUCCCGAAUUGUUGGAAGGACAUGAAGGACUUGGAAGUUAUUGAUUUAGGAAACAACAAUCUAUCAGGGAAGAUUCCUCAAUCAAUAGGUUCUUUGUCUUCACUACGAUUUCUAAUGCUUGGCAGCAACAACUUUCAUGGCAAGCUUCCUUUAUCAUUGCGAAAAUGCACAUCUUUAUGGAAUCUAGACAUUGGAAAAAAUAGAUUCACUGGCAAUAUACCAACAUGGAUAGGAGAAAGUCUAUCAAAUUUGCAUAUCAUCCGCUUCCGUUCCAACUUUUUAACGGGAAAAAUUCCUUCACAAUUAUGUAACCUUUCAAUGCUUCACUUCUUGGACCUUUCACAUAAUAAUAUGUCAGGAUCCAUCCCACAAUGUUUGAGCAAUUUGAGUUAUCUAAAAUCAAGAGAUGAAGAAAACAUAGAAUUAGAAUUUUAUGAAGGAAUAUAUCAAGAUCAGCACAUGAUGGUAGUUACAAAAGGAAGAGAACUUGAUUACACCCAAACUCUUGAGUUGGUGAAUAGCAUUGAUCUUUCACACAAUCAUCUAUCAGGAAAAAUUCCAGACGGGAUAACAAGAUUGGUGGAAUUGGGUACAUUGAACUUAUCAAUGAAUCAUUUGAUAGGAAAGAUCCCUGAGAAGAUAGGGGAUUUGCGAAAUCUGGAAACCCUUGACCUCUCCUUAAACCAACUUUCUGGUCAGAUUCCUACAAGCAUAUCUUCUUUAACUUUCUUGAGCCACUUGAACCUUUCACAUAACAAUUUAUCUGGGAAGAUUCCAUCAAGCAACCAGCUUCAGACUAUUGGUAAUGAAUCCAUGUACACAGGGAACUUUGGACUUUGUGGGUGGCCCCUAGCUAAUAAUUGUCCAGGCACUAACAUAUCUCCACCUCCAACAUAUGCCAAAGUUGAUGGAGAAGAUGGAAGUGAUGAAGAAUGGAUGGAUAUGCUAUGGUUUUACAUUGGCAUCAUUAUGGGUUUCAUUGUGGGAUUUUGGAGUGUUUGGGGUACUUUAUUUUUCAAGAAAUCUUGGAGGAUUGCCUACUUUCGGUUUAUUGAUCAUUACAUUGAAUGAGGAGCAUUUAUAGAGGAAGUUGGAGCUGAAAGGUAACAAAACUUCAGGGGCUUAAAGAAAUGAUUUAUGCCAUCAUCUCUUCUAGCUUUCGUACCAUGAAGCAAUAAAAGGUAUGUAUAAUCUUUUGAUGUGUGUAUUUCCUAUAUCAUGAAUAAGUUUUUUUUUUUUUUUUUUCUCUCUCUCUUUGUGUGUCUCCUAUUAUGUUCUUUUCUUUUCCUCAUCAUAGAAAUGUGUCUAGGCAUUGGCAUAUCUGAAGAAUGGAAUGUUUUGGUUUAUGUUGUAAGUUUUAACUUUUUUAAUCAAUGUAAUUGUGGUGGCACAACUUCCUUUGCAACUAUACGAAAUAGGCUUAUGGCCACAUGGUGGGAACUUCCUCUUAUCUCCCCCCUCCCCCGCGGAACCCCAGCUUCUUGAUAUCUCAUGUAUCAUUUUAUGGUUGUUUUCUUCCCUCCCCUGUUUUUGAUGUAUCAUCAUUUGUUAGUUGUUUUCCCCCACCCUGGUUUUGAUGUAUCAUCUUUGACUGCUUGUUUUAUGUUUUUCUCGGUCCCCCUUCCCACUUCCCCCUUCCCCCUUCCCCCUUCCCCCUUCCCCUUUUUUUCUUUU